AUGGCGACUGUGAGGAAAACUUCCUUGAAAAAUCGGGCUGCGGCAAACACAAUUGUCGCAGCCACGGGAAAUUCAUCUUCGAAACAACCCAAAGAAUCGACUGGAACUGGGCUGCUUAUGUCAGUCAUCAGAACGCUGUCAGCAAGCGAGGACCUACACCAAAGAGAAGUAGAGAAAGCCAAACUAGAGAAAGCCUACCGAGAAUGUGAUCAGAAAUUGGACAAACUUAUUGCAGUCAACUAUGACACUCUGACUAAGACAAUCCAAGCCUACAGUGCCAUCUCUAGUCGUAUCAAGUUUGCCCGCGAGAGAGUAAAGAGCCUCAAGUCUGACCUGCUGUCUUGCAAGGAUCUACUUCACUGCCGCCGAGAUGAGCUCAGGAAACUGUGGCUAGAUGGGAUGGAACAGAAGCAUGUGCUGACCCUUCUGGAUCAGAUUGAAGAGGUCAAGAAUGUUCCCCAGAAACUUGACGGCUACCUAAAGAGCAAGCACUACCUUCAUGCUACAGAGCUGAUAACGAAGACGGUGGCGCAAUUAGAGAGUGACUUGAGUGGGGUAGAAGCGCUCAGCGAACUCAAGAUGGAAAUGUCAAGUCGUAAAGAGCAAUUACACAAAGUCCUGAUUGAGGAGUUGAGCCAGCAUCUUUACGAGAAGUCGGCAGUCAACUUCCAGGUGACCUUCACCAGGGGAGGAUCAUUCCGCAGUUCCGGCCAGGAUGCUGCACCCACCGUCAACAAGAAACAUACACUGCUGGAGCUGGCUGCAACGGCUAAAGCCCGAAGGUCAUCCAGAACACAUUCCUUGUCGCUGACCGUCCCUGAUGGGACUGAAGAAGACAUCAAGCCGGUAGUGGAGAGUCUGAAUGAUGAACCGGAGGAUAAUCCUGAGCAUUACAUGGCCAUCUUAGUGGAGUCUCUGUCACUACUCAAGAGAAUACCAGAAGCUGUUGAGGCCAUCAAACGAUGCGUUCAAGUGGAACUCUCCAAAAUUGUACAGAGGACAACAACAGAGGUUGCUGAAAAUGCUAAGCAACGAGGUGAAAACAUCACGCAGCAUAAUCAGCCGAAGCUUCUGGUAGAACUUUUGGAUCUACUUUUUGAGCGGUUCCAAUGUGUGGCCAUGGCACACAUGUGCGUGCUUGGGUCUCUCCAGAGAACCUCGGGCAGUAGUGAUGUUCAGUUGUACACAAUGGAUGACAUAUGGUCCAAUGUACAAACUGUUCUACAAGUUCUUCUGGGUAAUUACCUUGAUGUCCGAAACGUGACGGCUUCCGUGCAGCAAACAUCCAGUGCUUUUACUGACGCUCCAACUGAUAUUGGACUGUACUUCAGCAGGCGUAAAUCCACCAGGAAUAGGAAGGUACCGCUCUUCAGGUUUGAGAUGUCUUCCCAUGCAAUCAGCAUGACUAACUACAUGAGGGAACAGAAACAAGAAUACUAUGGAUUCGCCGGCAAAACAAAGAUAAAAGAAACUGCCAAGGAUGGAACAUUCCAGACAGAGGACGAGAAGGAGGGGGAGGAAGCUCCAAUGGUCUGCAAACCCAGCGUCAAGAACAUCACUCUCAUCUUCAAGCCACUUAACAGCUUCAUCAAGGACAUUGAAAUUGCUAUGAGCUUACCUGAUGGACGCCAUUGUACACUCCAUGAGUUUAUCAGUGACUACGUCAAAGACAUCUUCCUCGGUCACCUACUGUCUGAAAUUGAAACCAACCUACAUACUGCGACGAAAGGCAACGAUGCCCUCAAGUCACUAGUGGACAGCGUAGUCCAGAAGUCUGUCAGCGCGCCACGCCCUCUCCUGAACAGCACGGUCAUCAUUGAUCGAGCCAUCUCAGAUCUACGACAACUCAUGAUGGAUCUGCCGACCUACGCUGAUCAAUUCCUGAAUAUGAUCUGUAACAUACUGCAAGAGUACAAGGAUACAUGUUAUGCUAUCUACAGAGGUUUGGUGCAGCCAGAGUCUGAAGAUAAACGCAUUGUGAGUGCCAGCUGGGUCAAAGAUGAGGAUAUUAACCAGUGCCUAAGACUGCUGCCUAACUGGGCAAACCUACAGGCCCUUAGUAAACAAGGCAAAGACGGUAAAGACAGCACCGUGCUGGAGACCAUCGAAGACAUCAGAGAGAGAAAUGCAAAGGAGUCCGAGCUACUUGUGACCAAUCUUGGGGAUAAACUACUGCAGGGCCAUGAGGUGCUGUGUGAUAUACCAUCCCUUAAGCUUCUCGCCAAUCUACAUGAAAGCCUGGAGUGGUUUUCAAGUGGUAUACGAAUGUUCGCUGGUAGUUUGCCAAGUAGCGGAAUUAACAUGCUAAUGACCCCAGGAGGCCAAACCAUAGAGAUCCCUGCAGUUGAAGACAGCCUCCUUCAUACCCUCAUCUCACAAGCCAAGGAGUUUAAAGAGCUGGCAGAUAUCUGUCUGUUAGUUCUUCAUCUUGAGCUGAGACUUCAUUGCUUCUACUACCUUCUCCCUGUGGCUAAACAGUCUAGUUUCUUCAUCAGUGCUGACAAUGUGGAUCCAGACCCCAACGUACUGAAACUCAACAAAGAUCUGACAACAUUGGAGGAAGCCCUCAACCCAAGCCUCAUGCCACAUAAAUUCAAGUACGUCUUUGAAGGUCUUGGUCAUCUCAUCUCAUUCAUCCUGAUCAACAGUGCCCAGUACGUCAAGAGAAUAAACGAAAACGGAAUCAAGAAAAUGUGUAGAAACAUCUUCAUUCUGCAGCAGAACUUGACUAAUAUCACUAUGUCCAGGGAGACCGAUCUAGACCAUGCGCGGAACUACUAUGAACUCAUGUACAAAAACACAGAUGAGAUUCUGAACGGCAUCGUUGAGCAGGGAGCUUUCUGCAAGGAGUUAGAGUAUCGCAAUCUGGUUCAUCUGCAGCAGCGGAGCAGCCCGGCCUUCGAUCAGAAACAACUCACUAAGAUGCUGAAGAAACUGGAGGAAAUAAUGAUGGAGGCAGUGUAGCUCUGGUCGAAUGUCAACCCUCUCGUAAAGGCAGUGGACACUAUUGGUAAAUACUCAAAAUAAUUAUCAUCAUAAAACCUUUCUUGAUUACGAGUAAU